AUGACCUCAAUUAGUGGCGAGGUAACAUUAGGUCGAGGUCAGAACUAUCCACUAGAGAACUACAAAAAAGGUGCUCGAGUAUGGAUCCGAGAUCCUGAACUAGUGUGGAUUAGUGCGGAAUUGUUGUCCGAUGUAAAGUUUUCUACGAAAGUGAUCGAAGUUCAACUUGAGAAUGGAGAGGUUCAAAAUAUUGAGGUGAAAAAUGCGGAUUCGUUGCCAUUUCUACGAAAUCCAGAUAUUCUAUUGGGUAAAGAUGAUCUCACGUCGCUAAGCUACUUGCAUGAACCAGCCGUCCUUAACAAUCUCAAUUAUCGUUUCGUUAAUAUAAAAGCUAUCUAUACAUAUUGUGGUAUUGUGUUAGUGGCCAUUAACCCAUACGCUAAUUGCUCACAACUUUACAGUGAUGAUGUUAUCCAGGUGUAUCGUGGUGUCGGAAAUCAAGUUCGCGAACUUGAUCCACAUAUCUAUGCCGUAGCCGAAGAGGCCUUCUUCGAUCUGAGCGAAUACUCGAGAAAUCAGUCAAUCAUUGUAAGUGGCGAAUCUGGGGCUGGCAAAACCGUCUCUGCAAAAUUCGUUAUGCGGUACUUCGCCUCAGUGGCUGGUUCGCCUCGUAAACCGCGAAAAUCGCUGGUCAGUGGCACACACGAAGAAACCGGCAUUGAAAAGCGUGUGCUCGCAUCAAAUCCGAUAAUGGAGGCGAUUGGGAACGCAAAAACGAUCCGAAACGAUAAUUCGUCACGUUUCGGCAAAUUCAUCCAAAUCGAUUUCACGGAUCACCUGAAAAUUGCUGGUGCUCAAAUGAAGACUUACUUGCUCGAGAAAAGUCGAGUGGUUUUCCAGGUCUUCAAUCGCAAUUUUAUUAUCUUUUUGCAAAUUCAUUUUGAUCCACAGUGA